AAGCCUGAAGGCUGAAAAGAAACAGUGUCAUUUGGGAAUUGGCGUGGCGCUUGGGCUUGGUAGCCUUGGUUGGGGACUCGGACUCCAACAGAGAGACGCACGCACAGAGAAACAAAGGAAAGAGGAGGAAGAAGUGUAUAGCAAAUCCCGGCAAUAAAUUUUCCUUUUACUACUAGUUAAGAAAAUGAAAGGGGGAGGAGGGAAGAAGAGGAACAGUGGCUCCGAGGCCGGGGCUCCUUCAAACGAAACUGCUUCUGGUGGCGGUGAAUCAUUGGCGGCGCUUUUGGGUGAAAAUGAUCUGACCCAGAAAGAGAAAGAGCAAGAGGACCAAGUUCAAGACCCUUCUGCUGCUGCUGAAGAGGCAGAGGAGGAGGACGAAGAAGAUAGGGUUGAAGAUGAUGGAGCCGCGGCUGACGACGACGCUGCUGCUGAGCGUCCUAAGCUCGACGACGGCUUCUACGAAAUCGAGGCCAUUCGCCGCAGAAGGCUUCGCAAGGGUCAGCUUCAGUACCUAAUCAAAUGGCGCGGAUGGCCUGAGGCAGCAAACACCUGGGAGCCUUUAGAGAAUCUCCAAUCGUGCUCUGAUGUUAUUGAUGCAUUUGAAGAGAGCUUGCAAUCAGGAAAGCAUCGGAAACGCAAGCGCAAACAUGGGACUCCUCAUACCCAACCCAAGAAGAAGCAGCAGCAUUCCAACAUUACUGACUAUGAUGUAACUGAUGUAGAAAUAAGCAUUGUUAGUGAAACUGUGAAAACUGUCCCUCCCAACAAAUCAAGCCUAACCAAUUUUUGUGCUGUCCCUCAAUCUACUCAUGAAGGAGAUGGCAAGGGGGACAUGAAACAUCUUGAAACUGCCAAGCAAAUUGGUGUUGCGAAUGGUUGUGAGCAUAUUUUUCAACAAAUUGAUAACAACAAAGAUGGAAAUGAGUAUGAUCCAAAGCUUAGUGAGCUUAAAACAACAAUGUUUACCAACGAGGUCAACAUGGAUGAGAUUGCAAUACAUUUCGAAGAAGCCAAAGCUUCAGAAGGUGAUGGCCCUGUAGACGGGGUUUCCAAGGCUGACUGUGUUGAACCAGUUCUGAGCAAUCGUCGCACAGGAGCUAAGAGAAGGAAGUCUGGUUCUGUGAAGAGGUUUAAACAAGAGUCAUGCCCGUGUGAACCAGUUGUUACACAUAAUGCUAAUGCAAGAACCAGAAGUGGUGGCUCUGGUAGAGUUCAACCGCCAGGGACUGGAAAUCCUGGUUACCCAGCGGAGAAUUCAAGUAGCAGGAAUGGGAUUGCUGGUUUAAAAAAUGCAUCUAAUAUCACCAGGAUUGUCAGGCCAAUGGGCUACUCAGCUUCUGUAUCAAACAACGUCCAGGAUGUGUCAGUAACCUUUAUGGCCACGAGGUCUGAUGGAACAGAAGUGGUGGUGGAUAACAAGUUUCUCAAGGCUAACGAUCCACUUCUGUUGAUCAACUUUUAUGAGCAACAUCUGCGGUAUAGUCCCACAUCAUCCUUGGACAGAGGUAUAGAUGAAGAGUGAGUGUAGCCAGACCUGCAUCAUCUUUUCAGUUAGCUGUAUACAGGGUUGUACUUUUGUAGUUGCAGCAUAGCGCAGGAUAACAAAUGCAGUAAUAACAGUGUAAAACUUAGUUAUAUAACAGUAGCCCAUCUGUCUCUCUCUGUCUCUCUUUUUUGCCUGCAUGUGUAUUAUCCGGAUAAUUAACAUGAAGAUGACUCAAUUUUACAUUCAACAUUCUGUAUUUUCUGAUGAAAAUCAUUUCUAUUCAGUGCCUCAGCUUCCUCCC